AUGCCAGAUCCCCCAGAGAAGCGAGUCGUGUCUAUAGAGAGCCUGUUGGGCAUUGCGCCUUGUCAACCGGGACGAAACGCAUUUGCGGAAGCUGAUCAAGCGAAGCACAGAUACAUGCAAUCUGCGAACGCGUUUUACGCGCUGAAGUACCCUCCACCACCACCCACACAUCCCACACUUCGCGACUCGAACAUGACCACGAUGUCGCAGUUCAUGGGCGACGGACCACAGUCACCACCACUCAAUCUGGGCACGACCCCUGACACCACACCGCAGCCCACCCAGCGAGCCUUCGUCGAGGAGUAUGCAGAGCAGCGCCAACAUCAGACAUCAGGCAGCACAGAGGAGCGCGUGCCGGUCUUUCGUCCCACUCCGAACCUCGUCAGCGACGAAUUUGGCCAGCAGCCGCCUGCGAAAGAGGUCAAGUUCGCCGAGCAAGCCUCUCAGCUGAAGAGUCCCAAGAAGAACGCAUUCUUUGCCAUUUUCCGCCGCCGUACCGAGUCGGCGGCAGCACCUCCACCCGCGAUGGCCGAUGUGUCGAAGAGCGCCUCGAACCACAUGCACCCGAAAGCCGCAGCAGUUCUGGCCACCAACGUCCAUACGCCUAAGAGACUUGCACGCUCUCCCUCGAAGACGAAGGCUUUCUUCCGCCGUCGGACAUCUGAUGCUAGCGACAUGCUCACUUCGCUAUCACCUCUCAAGGACGGCAAAUCCUCUAAAACUGCGCAACACGACGAACCACCACCCCGCUCACAGACGUCUACCGGACACUAUAGCGCCACUCCUCGCAAGCCAUCCCUCGUCAGCCCGUCGAGACACAUUGCAUCUGCUCCACAUUCGGAUGCUGGCAGUGCGCGCAACAGCUCCCGCAACAGCACUCCACAUCUCGGACGCUCGUUGGCAACAAUGGACGGUCACAAUCAGAUACCACCUACGCCACCCUCGAAGGAUACACCACCGGACGAGAAGGCAGUACGCAACGUGGUAGAUCGCAAGAUGCCAUUCCUCUCAUUCAAGAACAGCACUCCGACCAAGACCACCGGCUUUGUCACUGUAAGCGAAGGUCUGAGUCCUACCAAGUACGGCAGCUACGCCACCCGAGUGGGAGCGAAGCUGGUCACUCAGCCUAGCUCACAUUCUCUGCGAGCUUCUGUUGUGCCAGGCGCUAUGGAUCGACAGACUUUUGAGGAUGUGAAGUCGCGGGUGAAUGGCUUGGGACUUGCAGGUAUGGACAUGCCGGCAGAGACCCAUCGUCAGAGCCAAGCAGCAGCUUUAAUGUAUUCGCCGAGCGUCUACUCGCCAGAGCUCGGUGACAGCAACUGGGGAAGAAAGUCAUUUGCCACCUUCGAGCGGGUCGAAGAAGAGCAAGGUGAAGGCGAGGGCGAAGAGCACGGCGAUAACCCAUGUCUGCCAUCAAGCCCACUUGGGCUGCAGGGACACAAGAAGCGCCACUCACUCGCGACAUCGACUGCUGGCCACCUCGAGGUGCCCGCGCCACAAAUGCUCAAACUGCCAUCGGGUCACUCUCGUCAAGAUCUGCAGGUUCCCGUCAACACUGCGAAGACCACGGAAUCGUCAGCCACCAUUGAGGUCGCAUAUCCUGAGCUAGCUAAGGAUCCCUCAAUUGCCAGUUUCAUGAAUCUAGACCCCAACACCCCAAAGGACGCGACCAUGUUGAGCAGUAUCGAAGAAGUACAGGGUCUGUACCAGAAUACACCAAUCACCACUGAUGGCAAGCGGGUGAUGAGCUCCUCUCUCUUCUACAGCCCAGGCGACUCACCAAUGCCGAACCACCCCAGUGCUCAGGUGUCGCCGCUCCAGCCUCAGGUCUAUAACAAGCACUUGGAGACCUUACCAGCUACGGUCUAUACUCCCGCACCAAAGAUCCGCAAGGCGCAGAAUAAGCUAUCGCAUGGCCAUUCAGUGGAGAAUCUCAUCGAUAUGUACAACAAUGCGUACACGCCAACAACAAAGCUGCCACCGCGCAAGGGUUCCGGCGAGCAAUCUGUCUACUCGCCCUACGGCGCCGACUCACCGACACUCAAGUCCGAGCAGCGCAAAGCAUCUGGCGACCAGCCGCUGUAUCCUUUCAACGGCAGCGCAAGUGGCUUCGUCCCUCCCCCCGGCAUCAGUCCCGAUAUCCCAGCCCAGAAGCCAAAGCAUUCCAAUCUCUUCGACAACAAGCCAUUCCUGCCUAUGGAAGGCAGCGCUAGUGGUAUCGACCGAGAACGCGAAGACAGACGCCAGUCCAUCGACAUCGAUCCGAAAAAGUCGCCAGCGACUUCCGCUAAGCAGCAUGUCGACGGACAGCAGACUGUCGACAACGUCACCCGCAUGAUCAACGAGCGUAAGAAGCAUCUCCAAGAUAUGACAGACAAUGCCCAGCGCAUGAACGCUCGUCUUGAGGCACGUUUGUCAGCCAGUGAAGGCGGUGGCAUACCAUCAGACAUCAGUGGCCCGAUCCCGACUAUCAUGUACGAGGAUGAUAGUGGGGUGGAGAUCACCAACGGCAAGCGCGGCAGUCCAGAUUCGAAGUACGACUCGAAGAAGAAGCGUAUCUCAACCAACUUCGCUCGCGACUUCUACGGCAAUUCUCCUACAUCUCAGCGAAAAGUCUCACCAGCUGACACGGAGGCUUCCACCAUUAUUCUUACGCCGAACCUGCCGCAUGGUGGCUUCCCGCGUACUAACGGAGUCGUCACGAGUAGCACGCUUGUUGGCCACAGCAUCGCCGCCCAAGAGGACUUCGCAUCAGCACCUGAGACUCGCUCCUCCACGUCUUCGAUCAAGCCGGCUAGUGCUUCCAGUGCGGGUGCUCAGGCCGAGAACGGCGAGGUGAGAGAGCUGAAGGCGAUGAUCAAACAGCAACAGGAUAUGAUGCAGCAGAUGAUGGCGCAGAUGCAGCAGAUGAGUACGAGCAUCAACUCGAGGCAGCGUACUAGUGGCUCGCCACCAGAUCGGGAGGACAGUUGGUUCAAUCCAGGCUAG